AUGACGGCCGGCAUGACGGCCGCCUCGGCGCCCGCUGCUGUCGUGCCCAACCCGGCCUCGCUCGUCACGGGCCUGGCCUUCACGGGCGGGUGGGUGGACGUGUUUGUGUGGCAGACGUACGGCUGCUACGCCAACAUGAUGACUGGCAACCUGCUGCGCUGCCUCGAGUGCCUCACCGCGCUGCGCUGGGCGCUCAUCGCGUCGUACGUCGGCGGCUUCGGCGCCUUCCGGGUGGUGGACCUCUCGCGACGGCGCCGCCGCACCCUCUCCUCAGUCGCGCCCGCCGUGUUUGCCCUCUUCGCCCUCGCCGACCUCGGGCUCCGCCUGUCGAACGGCUCGCGCUGGAGCAUCCUCCUCCUCGGCGUCGGCUCAGGCGUCGUCAACGCCGCCUCCGCGGACUCGACGGGCGCGGUGACCUGCAUGGUGACGGGCCACCUCGGCAGGAUUGCGCGCAGCCUCGGCGACGCGCAAUUGUUUGUCAACAUUGGCGAGGCGGUGGACGGAGCUCGGAAGGAGCAGGGAGGAGGAUGA